AUCUAAAAUCUUACCGAAAUCUUAUUUGUUUAUUUCCCCUGUUGUAAGAUGUAAACUUCAUCAUGAUUCGUCUUACCAGUGGAUUUGAUGAAAUUGAUUGAUGAUUGUAGGGCUUACAUAAAAUUGAACCCUGUUUCGAACGCAGAAGGCUGUAAACUUGUCGGUGGUGUUCAAGCUUACUCGGCUAUACUUCUGGCUGAAUCGUUGAGAAAAUCUGGAGCUUACAAGACUAGCUUUUCAUGGAAGGAGCUGGAAGCGAUAUCCCCUCCGUUGUCGCACCUCUUGCUCAAUGGAGGAAUGAUUUUUCUAGGGCGUUUCAGUACUAUUUGGAUCGUUCGACUCCUCACACAGUUCAGAGGUGGCUGGGAACUCUUGUUGUGGCCGCUAUUUAUGUAUUAAGGGUUUACUACGUUCGGGGGUUCUACAUUGUGUCCUAUGGCCUAGGCAUCUAUAUACUGAAUCUGUUGAUUGGUUUUAUGUCGCCCAAAGUUGAUCCUGAGCUCGAAGUUUUGGACGGGGCUUCAUUGCCUACUAAGGACUCAGAUGAGUUUAAGCCAUUUGUUCGUCGCCUUCCUGAGUUCAAGUUCUGGUAUGCCAUAACGAAGGCUUUCUGCAUUGGCUUUCUUAUGACAUUCAUAUCUGUGCUUGAUGUCCCUGUUUUCUGGCCCAUACUUCUCUGCUAUUGGGUUGUCCUCUUCAUCCUCACAAUGAAGCGCCAAAUUAUGCACAUGGUUAAGUACAAGUAUGUCCCUUUCAGCAUCGGAAAGCAGAGGUACUCAGGGAAGAAGUGAGCCAUUUCUAGGGACUGAAACUUUGAAGCUCCGUAUGUCCGGACAGGAAAUCACAGUUUAGGUUGUGGGUCUUUAGAAGUUUUAGUAUAUAUGUAGGUCAAUCAUUCGUAAGAAGUAAUAGAUGGUUUGUUAAUUGAUGGACUCUGAAUUGUGAUUCCAAGACUUACUUUUUGAAAGACUUAUCUGCCUAUGUUUCUUUGUGUGUCCAAAUAUCCUGGCUGUGUCUUGAUUGAGAAGGGAGUUAUGAAGUUCAAGCUUUUGGACUUGUAUAGGGUUUGGAUAUUG